CGACGAGAAAUUUCUCGAAUUUGAAUUGUCAUUUCUAGAUUCUAGAUUCACAUCACAGUUGUCUGCAGUAAAGUGAAAUCACUUCUUAAAAGAGAUAUCACGGCAAAUAAAUAUAGAAGCGAGUAGAAAUUCAGUUAAUAUUUAUUUUAAUAAAGUGUGUGAUUAUAUUGUACUUAAUAAAAAAUAGUGAAUCAUGGAACUGGUAAACCAGUUAAAGGAGAAAGGUAACGCAGCAUUGUCGUCUGGGAAUUUCACGGAAGCAGUGAAGUGUUAUACGGAAGCGAUAGCAUUAGAUCCUUCAAACCACGUUUUGUAUAGUAAUCGUUCAGCCGCACACGCAAAGGCCGGAAACUAUAUAGCCGCACUUGAAGAUGCCAAUAAAACAGUGUCCUUAAACCCUACAUGGAGUAAAGGUUAUUCAAGAAAGGGUAGUACUUUGGCAUAUUUAGGUAGAUAUGAUGAGGCAAUAGCAGCUUAUGAAAAAGGCUUAGAACUCGAGCCAAACAAUCAGCAGUUAGCCUCGGGAUUGGCUGAAGUGAGAAAACAAGCAGAAGAAGAAAAAUUUAAUUCACAGGCAUUUUUAGAGAAGUUAAGGGCCAAUCCACAGACAAGAGAGUGGAUGAAUGAUCCAGAAUAUUUGACUAUGGUUCAGGAACUCGCCCAAAAUCCGUUUGAUAUUCAAAAGUUUGAGUCACAAAUGGAUAGUAAAAAGUUACGUACCACUAUCGGAGUUAUGCUUGGGCUCAACCUUACCACGCCCAUGGACGUAGACCCUCCAGCACCACAAAAUAAACCAGCCGCACCAAAGAAGGAGGAGCCCCCGAAACCGAAAUAUGAAGACUUACCAGAGAAUCGUAGAUUAGCAUUACAAGAGAAAGACCAAGGAAAUGAGUUUUAUAAGAAAAAAGAAUUUGAGAAUGCAUUGGAACAUUACUUUAAGGCGAUAGAACACGAUCCCACAGAUAUAACGUUUUACACUAACAUUGCUGCAGUUUAUUUUGAACAAAAAGAGUACGAGAAAUGUAUUAAGGAAUGUGAGAAAGCCAUCGAAAUUGGUAGAGAGAACAGAGCGGACUUUAAAUUAAUAGCCAAAGCUUUCACUAGGAUUGGUAAUGCUUACAAAAAGAUGGAACAAUGGAAACUCGCGAAAACAUAUUAUGAAAAGUCCAUGUCUGAGCACCGAACUCCAGAAAUCAAGACACUGCUUAGCGAAGUGGAGAAGAAGAUAGUGGAAGAAGAGAAGAAAGCUUACGUGGAUCCUGUUAAAGCAGAACAAGAGAAAGAAUUAGGCAAUGAUUACUUUAAAAAAGGCGAUUACAGUACAGCGAUGAAGCACUAUUCAGAGGCCAUAAAACGCAACCCAGAUGACCCUAAAUUGUAUUCGAAUCGCGCUGCCUGCUACACGAAGCUGGCGGCCUUCGACCUCGGUCUCAAGGACUGCGAGCAGUGUUGCAAGCUGGACCCCAAGUUCAUUAAGGGCUGGAUCAGAAAGGGCAAGAUACUGCAGGGCAUGCAGCAGCCAUCCAAAGCGCUGAGCGCGUACCAAAAGGCCCUGGAGCUUGACCCCAGCAAUGCGGAGGCACUGGACGGUUAUCGCGCUUGCUCCACGCAGCUUAACUCCAACCCUGAAGAGGUACGCAAGCGCGCAAUGGCCGAUCCCGAAGUGCAAUCUAUUCUACGCGACCCGGCCAUGCGCUGCAUCCUGGAACAGAUGCAACAAGAUCCCCAGGCGCUCCAAGAUCACCUGAAGAAUCCAGAUAUAGCUGCUAAGAUACAGAAGCUUCUCGAAUCCGGCCUUAUCGCCAUACACUAGUUUUAUGCAGAUUCGAAUUAUGAAUAGAUUGAAUGAAUGCGUUGAGAUCAUUCAGAGAAAAGUAAAAAUUUUAUUUUCCAUUUUAUUUUUUAUAUCUGGCAACAUUGUCACAAAAUAUAUACUUUUUAAAAUAUCGAUUGUGUUCUUCCAAGUUCAAAAUGCAGGAAUUUAUUCCAAUGUUUUUAUUUGAAUGAUUUCAGUUUUAUUAUUGAUUAUUAUGUGCUAUUUUCUUUGUAUGCUGAUGUUUUUUUUUUCUCUGAUUGACCUCAAUUGUUUUUUAGGAAUAUAUGAUCGACAGUUUUCGAUAAAGCAACUCGUGUAUUUGGCGACAAUUGUAUUUAGUCUCAUGUAUUCGUGCAAAAAGAAUACUUCGGCAAAAACAUUUAAAAUGUCCAAUAAUACGUUACAUUAUAUGUCACGGCUUGUCGAUCUGUGAUUUUAAUUUGAAAUGGCUUGUAUUAUAACAUUAUAGGCUUGAGGACCAUUCCAAAGUACGUACGCUUCCCAGUCGAAAAUGGAUUUAUUGUCAUUAUCAAUCAGUCAGUAUCAAUUGGUGGGCAUUCGAAUCGUAUAGUUUGAAUAUUUCGGACUGCCAUUUAAAAUUUACAUAACGGUUUUUGUAAUUUAUUCAAUAAAUAAAUAAAUAACGUAGGCAA